CUGUUUGCUCGGCGUAGUAGCUGUUCACCUUACCUGCCCCAACUCACUGGCUCGGCUCAGUGCGGAUAUCUCCGUGUGUCGCUACACACGUGUGCGGUAUAACUGUCGGGAUAGCGAGUCUUCCAGAACAGUACAGUAGGUCUGUCCUACGUGUCGACACCACGGACGCCCUAUACUAACAACACAUUAUGGCUUGUUGUGGAGAAGGUCCCGGGUAUGCCACGCCCCUUGAAGCCAUGGAGAAGGCUCCCCGGGAGGAGAUCGUAUACAUUCCCUGUAUCAUCCCACCGGAAAGGCGCGGUGAGCAGCCGGAUUACCUCGUCACGGUGGACGUCGAUCCGAAAUCACCCACCUACAGCAAGGUGAUACAUCGUCUUCCCAUGCCAAAUGUGAGUGACGAGCUUCAUCACUCCGGUUGGAACACGUGCUCCAGUUGUCAUGGUGACAAAACUCAGCGUCGAGAUAGACUGAUACUGCCCUGCGUCAACAGCGACCGGAUAUACGUAGUGAACGUCGGCGACGCUUCAAGAGCGCCUACUCUCGAUACGAGUAUUGAGCCCUGGGAGAUGCACGAUAAAUGUGGCCUUGGAGCUCCACACACGUCACAUUGUCUGGCCAGUGGAGAUAUCAUGAUCAGCUGUAUGGGGGACCCGGAUGGAAACGGAAAAGGUGGUUUCAUACUUGUGGACGGCAAAACAUUUAUCGUCAAGGGAAACUGGGAGAAAGAGAGUGUCAAAUUCGGUUACGACUUCUGGUACCAACCCUACCACAACGUUAUGAUCAGUACAGAAUGGGGCGCCCCUAAAUGCUUCCGGAACGGUUUUAACCCUGCCGAUGUCACCGCGGGAAACUACGGCAACGCAUUGAAUGUGUGGGAUUGGACGACACGCGAACUUCAGCAAACGAUAAAGCUGGGACCGGAUGGCCACAUCCCUCUAGAGAUCCGCUUCCUUCACGACCCAUUGGCUACAGAGGGUUACGUCGGCUGUGCUCUUAGCUCUUCCGUCUUCCGCUUCUUCCGUAAAGAGGACCGCACGUGGGACGCCGAGAAGGUCAUCCAGGUAGCCCCAAAGAAAGUAGAGGGAUGGGCUCUACCGGACAUGCCAGGACUGAUCACAGAUAUCCUCCUCUCCCUUGACGACCGGUUCCUCUACUUCAGUAACUGGCUCCAUGGUGACGUCAGACAGUAUGACAUCACAGACCGACGUCAUCCUAAACUCGUUGGACAGCUGUUCCUAGGCGGAAGUGUUUGCAGGGAUGGCAAGGUCAAGGUCACAGAUGACAGUGAAUUAAAGGAACAACCGGCGCCAGCGUUCAUCAAGGGUAACCGUAUACUUGGUGGACCACAGAUGAUCCAGCUCAGUCUGGACGGUAAACGUCUAUACCUGACUACGUCAUUGUUCUCAUCUUGGGACAAACAGUUCUACCCGGAACUCCUCAGUCAGGGUACAAUGAUGCUAGCCAUCGACGUUGAUACGAGGAAGGGUGGACUCAAACUUAAUCCUAACUUCUUUGUGGACUUCGGAAAGGAACCGGACGGCCCAGUGCUAGCCCACGAGAUCAGAUACCCCGGAGGAGACUGUACCUCCGACAUCUGGCUCGCCUCUACUGCCCGCAAACCGAAACUUUAAUUGUUAUGGCAACGUGCUGUGCGCAUGUUCAAUAGUUCUAACAUUGUAUAUUGAUAAUUACAAUGUUUCUAUACCAUAUGUUCUGCCAUGCGCAUGUCAGAUAAACAGAACAUCUUUAAAAAUAUGGUGGUAAUUGAUGAUGUUGGGGCAUCGAUACCUAUAUGCAUGUUUCUUCGUUAUACCGGGAUAUGUUAAGACUUAAGCAUACGUGUACUUUACCACUAUUGUUGUUGGUGUAAAAAUACAUUUGUUUAAAACAUUAUUGUGUUUUUUCUUAAAUUCUUCAUUAUUUUCCCUUUUCUUUCUUUUCGUGAGAAAAGAACCCUACCUCUUACUGACAUUGUGUGAUGAAGCGUGUUUCUGGUCGGCUGUAUUUGCUAUCAUAAACACACUGCUAUUUAAUGUCAAUCAGUUAUCGCACCAAAAUGAUAAACGUUUCAAUCAAGCGGUAAUUUGUUUUCAAGGAUGGUUUAAAUUAAUCUACAUUCAUAUACAAAUUGGCCUGAUAACUAAGAAUACAAUGUUAAGUAGGAUACAAGUUGGUGCGUAGUAAGUUACUUUUAGACGUUUAACUGAUGGUUUGAUUUAACACUCGAUCAAAUUUCAUCAAGGAUGGCAGGUUCUUAAAGUCUUAAAUUGACCUUUCGAACUUUUGCACUGCAAAGAGCAUGCUUUUUUAAAAAUUUGAUGUAGGAAUUCAGCCAUCAUUUGCAUAAAAGAAGAUAUCUAUAUUGUGAAACCUCUAGUUUCUGGGUGACGUCGUGGAUUUUACCUUGACGUGCCCCUUCAAUCUUAUCUAAAGAUAUUUUCAGGUGUUCUUAUUCAUUACAUUAUAUAUUUCAAUAAGGCAGUCGAACAUUUCAGAAAUAGUGAGAUAUAACGAGCCGGGGACACCUACGCUAAUCUGGCGACUUAAAGUGGAAAAAGCAGUAGCAAAACAGCUUUGGCAAACUGCUUGUCCUUAACGAUCACCAGCGGGGAUCAAAUAACGUGUACUAACCAGUAAAGCUGGGGUGGCUUGUAAUCCUUCAUGUAUAAACAUACUUGGGAAGCUUGUAUUUACCAGUUACUCACGCUUGGUGCUUACAUUACAUAACAUUACGAUAUAAAGAUGCCGUAACGUGUUACUAACAUGUACAGCUGGUCUUGUCGCCAUUGAAGAAUGAUUUUCGUGACAAGGUGAGUAAAAUAUUAUAUUAAGUGAUGAUCGAAUUAUAUAUUCUUUUCCAUUACCUUAGCAAUGUGACAUCGAUUUGGUUGAACCUGAAGUCCUCCCUUUUUGCAGUUUUUCUUUGUUUUUGAUACGGAUUAAUCCUGUUUUGAGCAAGCAGUAGGUGCAUUUCUGUUCACGAACCAGGAUAUAACAACAAACAUAGAUUUGCCAAAUAAUGAAGAAAAAAUUGGCAUUAAAAGGUACGAUGAUUGGACAGGUGAUGCAGUUUAAGUCGGAUUUCUUAAUUAACUCUUUGUGCUUUAGUCCUUGCAUUUAAAGUCGACUACAUGUAGAGAAUGCCUAUUCACUCGGUAGUGUAAUUGGAAAACAUGAUUUGAAGACUGUCUACUUCCCGUUUGCAUAUUUUGAAGCUUAGUACGAUUUGUCACUGUCGCCUUAUUUAAAAUAAUUAAGUAUUUUGUCGCUUUCAUUAUAAUAUCAAUUUGUCAAUGAUAAACUCUGUUGCAAUUAUGGCCAAACAAAUGCCAACAAUAGUAUGCAUUCUAUCGACCUUUUGUUGUAUCGUACAGCAUUUUCAUAUGACCAGUAUAUUUGUCCAAGAGUCAGCCGUCAUUUCAAGAAUUCAAAAGAAAAUAUCGAAAUCAAAAAAUUGCCUUGAACAUUAUGAACACAGAACGACAACAUUCAUUUUUCUUUUAUGAAAUCUGGUACACAAAUUAUAAUUAACAGAUAAUAUCGUUAACAGAUUCUUUUAUACAAAAUAUAUCAUAAAUUGCUACCAUUGUUCAUCCAAUAUCACAAAUUGUUGUUAAUAUACGAAAACGAUCAAAAACAGUUUCUAUUGUACAAAAAUGUCAUUUACAACUUCUGUUAUACAAAAUAUAAUCAAUAACUUAUAUUGUACAAUUAAUUAUUUGAGCGUUAACUGGGAUGCAGUUCGUUCAGCUACAGAUGAUAACCAAAAUAACCUAGGAACCGCCUUUACACCGGUCUGGUCAAACGUAACUUUGUAAAUGACAGGAUAAGUAUUUAGCUAUCAAUCAGCUAAAUUCUAAACUUUAAAAACACUGAAAGACAAAAUAUCACUUGCACUGCGUAAUAGACAAGGAUAACAAUUUAAAAUGCCUCUAGAAAUCACUUAAGUUAGAUCAUUGUGUUCACCUGAGCUAAGUGCAAUGUGUAAUCAAAUCUGGCCACAAAAAGGUAGGUCAUUAUAAGUUUUCUAGUUUUUUAGCAUAUUAUAUAUUUCUAAUAAGGUAAACAGUGACAUUGCGUAUUUUUAUACAUUUUGUCAAUUGCAGGAAAACUUAUCUGUUUGAGUAAAGAAUUACCGUAAUAAUCCUGCAAUUUACCCAGGAGAUCACUAAAAAUAUAAAGCCGCACACACCAGGUAUCAGGUAUUGCGUGCACUAUACU